AGCGCCUGCGAUUGUUUGUUGCCGUUUUAAUCCUAUUAAUUAAAACGUUAACCUGAUUGGGUAGAAAGGCGCUGUCCCAACAGGCGAGUCUUCUUCAUAAUAACCUACUCAGAGAUAAUGAUGUAAAAGACUCCCCCGUCUGUGGCGGCGGCUGGUUGAUGGGUCCGGAAAUCUCUUGAAGGUGAAUCCAAGCAAGAUAAACGGUGCGGAGAGUAGGCGCCGGGCUGGGCUCAGCGAGGCAGCGGCGGCGGCUCGACUCCCUGCGCGCCCACCCUCCCACCAUGCGGGGCCGUGGCCCAUGGUGAGCCCCAGAAACCAGCACCAUCGGCUGGAGACGAAGAAGAAGAAGAAGAGGAGGCGGCGAGCGCGGGGGGAGGCGAAAAAGAAAAAGAAAGAAGGGGAGAGGGCUGCUGGCAGCGCGGGGACCGACGCGCGCACCAGCAGCGGAGCCCGGCUCCAGCGCGUCUGCGGCACUGCCUGACUCCGGAGCCCAGGAGGCGGUGGCAGGAACAGCGGGCCUGGGCUGCGCGCCGGCGCGGGGCCAUGGAGCGCGGGCUGCACCUCGGCGCGGCUGCCGCGGGCGAAGACGACCUCUUCCUGCACAAGAGCCUGAGCGCCUCCACCGCCAAGCGUUUGGAAGCGGCUUUCCGCUCCACGCCCCCGGGCAUGGACCUGUCCCUGGCGCCGCCGCCUCGGGAGCGCCCGGCGUCCUCCUCUUCGUCGCCCCUAGGCUGCUUCGAGCCGGCUGACCCCGAGGGGGCAGGGCUGCUGCUGCCGCCACCCGGAGGUGGCGGCGGCGCCGGAGGUGGCGGCGGUGGCGGCGGCAGCGGUGGUAGUGGGGUGGGCGUCCCCGGGCUGCUCGUGGGGUCUGCUGGCGUUGGGGGCGACCCCAGCCUGAGCAGCCUGCCGGCCGGGGCCACCCUAUGCCUCAAGUACGGCGAGAGCUCAAGCCGGGGCUCGAUGGCCGAGAGCAGUGGUGGCGAGCAGAGCCCCGACGACGACAGCGACGGGCGCUGCGAGCUGGUGCUGAGGGCCGGAGGCGCGGACCCGCGGGCCUCCCCGGGCGCGGUGGGCGGCGGCACCAAGGCAGCCGAGGGCUGCUCCAACGCCCACCUCCACGGCGGCGCCAGCGUCCCCCCAGGGGGCCCGGGCGGCGGUGGGGGUACCGGCGGCGGCGGCGGUGGCAGCGGCGGCAGCAGCAAGAAAUCCAAAGAGCAAAAGGCGUUGCGGCUCAACAUCAACGCCCGCGAGCGCCGGCGGAUGCACGACCUGAACGACGCGCUGGACGAGCUGCGCGCGGUGAUACCCUACGCGCACAGCCCAUCGGUGAGGAAGCUCUCCAAGAUUGCCACGCUGCUGCUUGCCAAGAACUACAUCCUCAUGCAGGCGCAGGCCCUGGAGGAGAUGCGGCGCCUUGUCGCCUACCUCAAUCAGGGCCAGGCUAUUUCCGCCGCCUCUCUACCCAGCUCGGCGGCGGCGGCGGCGGCGGCCGCUGCCCUGCACCCAGCGCUUGGCGCCUAUGAGCAGGCGGCGGGCUACCCGUUCAGCGCCGGGCUGCCCCCGGCCGCCUCUUGCCCGGAGAAGUGCGCCCUAUUCAACAGCGUCUCCUCCAGCCUCUGCAAACAGUGCACGGAGAAGCCUUAAAUACAAUCCUGAAAAACACUGAUCCAAAAGCUAGAGGAAAGCGAAAAGCUACCCCCCACCCCCUUUAUUUUGGCCCUCUCCUAGUUGCGAACCACUUGCAGAGAAAAACAAAGCAGAGGCGAGAACUGAGAAGUAUCAGAGACAAACGGGACUUCUAGCAUUGUCAUCCCCAGAAUCUCGGUCUUUGGGGUAGGGAGGGAGGGGUAAGGGAGGUGGAGUUGGAACGGAGUGUGGGUUUUUUUUUUCCCCUCAGAAAAGUGGCAACUUUGGUGGCAGCGUAGACCAGUGGAAGUACAGUCUUCCUUUAUGGUGAAAAAUAAGUUGAGAAGUAGUAGCUCUGUUAAGGCGAGGAGAGUAUUUUAAAUAGCAAAAUACUAAUCCUAUUAAUACUUAGGAAUUUGGUUCCCGCUGAGGGGGAGAGAAGUUCGGGGUUGGGUGGCGUGUCGAACGGCAUAUUCAUUCAGACAAAUCAGAAAAGGCACUUGAAAAUAAAUUUUGAUUCUGAGCCAGGAGAAAAACUUGAAAUGUAGACUUAUUUAAGUGAAAAACAAAAAACAGAGAGAGACGUUGCUAUGAAAGACUUGUAUUUUUUAUUGUCUCUGAACUUCAAUCCUGUGAAAAUGCUCAAAGUUUUGGCGAGAGUGAUAUAAAAACUGACUGUGGCUGAAAGAAUUGCAUUUAAAAAUAUUUAUGUGCACCUUGUUCCUUUCCACUUUGCAAUGAUGUAUAACAAUUCAUGGUUUUUAUUUGUUAUUCUUCAACGACCCUUCGACAUCCACAGUAUUUAUCAUGUGUUAAGGUCUUAUGUGCAGAUUUUUUUCAAUGCCUCUAAAAUUCUGUUUUAUAAAUUAACUUAUAAUGUGUACCAAGUGUUUAAAAGGAUUAUUUGCCAACAAGUAUGAAGAGAAAUAUUGAUGUAUCUUAGCUGUUUAGGUUUAUGAAAGAUCACCUGGAUAUUUUCAGUUGCAUCAUCCCUGUAUUAAAAUUGAGCUUUAAUAAAUUGCUUCAGUCCAAAAAUUACAGGAAAGGUGUAUUCUUAAUUGAUGAAUGAAUUGAUCUCUUUUUUUGAAAGGGGACUCCUUUACAUUCUAAAAGGGAAAGAUAUCACAGCAAUAGAUCCUAGAAGUAACAACAUUCUAAGCAAAUAUUUUUUCAGGCUGUGCUGUGCAUUUUUAAAAGGCCUCAUUUAAUUGCUUUUAAUAUAUAUAUAUAUAUAAUAUAUAAGUUAUUUUAACUGUGGAGAGUUAUUUAAGUUAAAAGACUGCUUUGAUUUGCCUAUGGUGUAAAAGUCUUUGUUAUUUUUCUAAAAAAUAUAUAAAAUUUAAAAAGAAAAUAAAACUGAGGAAGAGCAAGAAGCUAUUUAGCCAAAGUGAGCUUUCAGUUUUAGUUUGCAUGGCUGUUUGCCUGCCUUUCUGUCCUAUGAAAAAUCAAGAAAACCUUUUUAAAAUACGGAGUCCUGCUAUUUUCCACUUCUUGCAGAUACAAAUUCAGUUUGUCAGGUUGGAUGGCGAGUUGUGAGCUGUGAUGGAUCUCUUGGCGGGUUUUGGAUGUGUAAAGAAUGAUAUAUAUAUUGAAUAGGUCAAUCAGACUAUGACAGCUAUGUAUGACCAUUUGUAUGUGUAUCUAUGUCAGAAAGAAUCUUUAUUAAAAUAUUUUGAUCAAACAUUU